CUUCAGUCAUGUUUGUUUUCACAGCGGCGAUCCCCAGUGGUCUCGGCCCGUUCCUUGGGACCAGUCUCUCAUCCUGAGUCUUGUGUUGGACGGUCCCCAGCGAGGCCUGGUCAGGGCCCCCUGAGGGGCCGACCGUCGAGAAGCAUCCUCCGUCGUGCCGUUGUGCGUGAUUCCAGGGGGGGGUCUGGGGGCCCCCUCCAGGUCCCGAGACCGCGCGCCGCACCGCCAUGCGCGGCUCCUGGAGCGGCGCCGCGAGCUGCGCGCAGAGCCUCUGCGCGCCGCGCGCCCCGCUGCUGCAGGGGCGGGCUGGACGUUUCGGUCCCGCCCGCGUGCGCGCCGCUCGAGUCUGCCAGCUCACGGAAAGCACCUCACGGCUGUUCGUCCGAAGGCGCAAUGUCGAUGUUCACCCGCUUCGUGGAGCCCGGGCGCCUGGCCGUCAUCACCUAUGGCCCCUGCGCGGGCAAGAUGUGCACCGUGGUCGACAUCGUGGACCAGAAGCGCGUGGUCGUGGACGGGCCCGCGUCGGUGACUGGCGUGGUGAGGCACAUGAUGCCUGUCAAGCGGCUGGCCCUGACCGACUUCAAGGCGGCGAUCCCCCGUGGGGCGCGCGAGAAGACCCUGAAGCUCGCGUUGGAGAAGGAGGGCAUCAUGCAGAAGUGGGGCGAGACCUCGUGGGCCAAGAAGCUGAAGGCGAAGGAGACGCGCGCACAGAUGACCGACUUCGACCGGUUCAAGCUGAUGGUGGCCAAGAAGAAGCGCUCUGCCGUGGUCAAGAAGGCUCUCAAGAAGAAGUGAGGAAGUAGAUUCGGCAUCCAGCUUGAGCGCGAGGCGGGAAAAGCAGAAGCGGAUAACGAUUUUCCCAGGGAAUCCACAUUCCAUACUUUGCGCCGUAGGUUUGGGGGAACAUGGAGAAUGGCGGAGAAGAGUAACAUUCAAGAAGUAUACACAACUAGA